GUCCGCCUGUCAUUCCCCAGUCUUCGGAUUGGAAAUUUGAAAUUAAGAUUUAUUUUCUCUUCGAUUUUCCUUCGUUUUCCUGGGAAUUUCCCUCGUCUUUCUUCCUCCGAUCAACGAUUCUCUAUUCUUUUACGUGGACAUUGAACUAACCUGAAAUUCUUGGUUUCGUUCCCGCUUGGUUUCAGCCCCAUAUUCGUUAAGGAGAUUUCCUGUCGAAAUAAGCCGGUCAAAAUCUUUGAUUUCCUUCGUGUAAGAUCGUACCAAAUUUGGAGGAUUUUUGAGAGUUUAUUUCUCCAGAAUUUUGCGAUACGAGAUGGCUAACCAAGGCGGGCCAUCGAGGAGGAGUCUAUCUGUGUCGACUUCGUCGUUGCACAGGAAGAAACCUUCUGAGAUUACCGUAGGCGGUUCCGACAUCUCCCGGAGAUCUCUUACUGUUCCUCGUCCUUCUUUGACUUUGACGGGAGAGCGAACUGUCAAACGGUUGAGGCUAUCGAAAGCCCUUACAGUUCCAGAUACCACAACCAUCCUUGAUGCUUGUAAACGGAUGGCUUCUCGUCGAGUUGAUGCCUUGUUAUUGACUGAAUCUAAUGGAUUGCUUUGUGGGAUUCUUACAGACAAGGACAUAGCGUUAAGAGUGAUAGCACAUGACGUUAAUCCUGAGGAAACACCUGUUUCCAAAGUUAUGACCAGGAACCCUGUUUUUGUACUUUCUGAAACGCUGGCUGUCGAAGCCCUUCAAAAGAUGGUGCUAGGAAAAUUCAGACAUCUUCCUGUUGUAGAAAAUGGAGAAGUCAUUGCUUUAUUAGAUAUAGCAAAAUGUUUGUAUGACGCGAUUGCUCGUAUGGAGAGGGCAGCAGAGAAGGGUAAGGCCAUAGCUGCUGCUGUUGAAGGCGUUGAGAAGAGCUGGGGAACAACCUCAUCAGUUCCCAACACCUUUAUCGAAACACUGCGAGAGCGGAUGUUUAGACCUUCGUUAGCAACAAUUAUCCCGGAGAAUACAAAGGUUUUGAAAGUAUCAGCAGCUGAUACAGUGAUGACAGUGGCACAGAAAAUGCUUGAAUUCCGAGUGAGCAGUGCAGUUGUGAUGGCAGAGGACAAGAUUCAAGGGAUUGUAACUUCAAAGGAUAUAUUGAUGCAGGUUGUGGCCGAAAACCUCCCUCCAGCUGAGACAACAGUGGGGAAGAUUAUGACUCCGAACCCAGAAUGUGCAACAGUUGACACGCCAAUUGUUGAUGCUCUGCACAUCAUGCAUGAUGGAAAGUUCUUGCACCUUCCCAUACUUGACAAAGAAGGGGAAGUGGCUGCUGUUGUUGAUGUAAUCCAUAUUACUCAUGCUGCUGUUGCCAUGGCUGGAAGCACUGCAGCAAUAACUAAUGAGGCGACAAACUCGAUGAUGCAAAAGUUUUGGGAUUCAGCGAUGGCAUUGUCUCCAAAUGAUGACGAUGAUGACUCUAGGAGUGAGGGGUCGUUGAAAAUUGCUUCUGAAGCUGACACAGGCAAAUCUUUCCCUUUCUCGAAUACAUUUUCAUUCAAGAUCGAAGACAAGAAGGGCAGAAUGCACAGAUUCAUAACUGACACCCAGAGUUUGACUGAUGUGAUAACUGCGAUUCUUCAGAGGGUAGGGGAUGACAUUGACCCGGAUAACUUGCCUCAAAUUUUGUAUGAAGAUGAAGACCAUGACAAAGUCUUGUUAGCAUCGGAUAGCGAUCUUCUUGCAGCCAUAGACCAUGCAAGAUCGAUCGGGUGGAAGGGCUUGAGAUUGCAUUUGGAUUAUCCGAAAAACGGCAUUCGAAGAAGAAGAAGAGCAUCGGGAUUAGAAGAAUCGGUAGAUUAUUACGAGCAGCCGGAUGCGUGGGCUGCGGCCUACAGCGCGGUGGCCGCUGGUGCAGCGUUAGUAGCUGGGCUCGGCGUUAUGGCCUUCUUGAAAAGAUAUGGAAACUGAAAAACAAACAGACAGAACAGAACAAAUCGCAGUAGAAAAUGUUUUGUCGGGAAACAAACAGGUUAAUGUUCUCUCUCCCAAAUACAGAGUACCCAUCUAGCCGUUGAAUUAAAAACGUAUUUUGAUAGAUCA